AUGGCGAUGGUUCAGCCACGGCUGUACUCGACUACCACCACCCCCCACAGCGCACAUCACAUCCAGACCCGCAUUCCCGAUCUGAAGGCUGAGCCCAAGAAGUCUCACCGGUUCCGCGAGUUCGACCUCGAGGACCGCGUCUACGCCAUCACCGGCGGUGGACGCGGACUGGGUCUCGCCAUGGCUGAAGCUCUGAUGGAAGCUGGCGCAAAAGUCUACUGCCUCGACCGCCUCACGACCCCACACCCCGACUUCCUCGCGGCACAAGAACACAGCCAAACGCACGGAGGCAGCCUCAGCUACCACCAAAUCGACGUGCGAGACGAAUCCUCCGUAAACAGUCUCUUCGCGCACAUCGCCUCACAGCACCAACGCCUCGACGGCCUGAUCGCGGCCGCGGGGGUCAACCACCUCCAAAGCGCCCUGUCGCACACCCAAACGGCGCUGAACGAAGUCAUGCAAAUCAACUACAACGGGGUCUUCAACUCGGCGACGGCCGCCGCGCGCCAGAUGUUCCAGUACCAGCAGAAGGGCUCCAUCCUGCUGAUCGCCAGCAUGAGCGGGCUGAUCGCCAACAAGGGCAUGACGUCCCCCGUGUACAACUCGUCCAAGGCGGCGGUGAUCCAGCUGUCCAGGUCCUUGGCCAUGGAGUGGGGGAGGCAUGGCAUCAGGGUGAAUAGUCUGUGUCCGGGGCAUAUUAUUACCCCCAUGGUGGAGCAGGUGUUUGAGCAGAAUCCGGCUGCUAGGGCCGUUUGGGAGGCCGAGAAUAUGCUCGGGAGGUUGGCCGUGCCGGAGGAGUUUAGGGGCGCGGCUCUGUUUGCGUUGAGUGAUGCGAGUAGCUUUAUGACGGGGAGUACGUUGUUGAUUGAUGGGGGGCAUACGGCGUGGUAG